AUCGAUCGCGAGCGCGUAGCGAUUGCUUCUGUCUGUUGUUUAGGUAUGGUGCCGGCGACGAAGCUGCAAGGCGGCGGGAACCCGGGCGGGGGUCUCGCUCUGUGCUGACCGCGACCCGGGGCAGAGUGGGCUAUGGAGGAGCCCGGCUUGUUGGUCACGGGAGACCGCGCCCGUGGCCGGAGCUGGUGCUUGCGGCGGGUAGGGAUGAACGCCGAGUGGCUGGUGCUGGAGGAAGGAAACGAGGUGACUAUAGGGCGAGGAUUUGGUGUCACAUACCAACUGGUAUCAAAAAUCUGCCCUCUGAUGAUUUCCCGAAACCAUUGUGUUUUGAAGCAGAAUGUCCAGGGCCAGUGGACAAUUAUGGACAACAAGAGUCUGAAUGGUGUUUGGCUGAACAGAGAACGUCUAGAACCUUUAAAGGUGUAUUCUAUCCAUAAGGGAGACCACAUCCAGCUUGGGGUGCCUCUGGAGAAUAAGGAGAAGGCAGAGUAUGAAUAUGAAGUUGCUGAAGAAGACCGGGAGAGGAUGUACCCUUGUCUCGCCCCAAAGAAUGACCAGAUGACGGGAAAAAACAGGGGAUUGAGAACUAAACGGAAAUUUAGUUUGGAUGAAUUAGAGGGUCCUGGAGCUGAAGGCCCCUCAACUUUGAAAUCCAAAAUGAGUAAAGUGUCUUGUGAACCUGGUCAACCAGUGAAGUCUCAUUGGAAAGGUGAAGCGGCCAGUCAACCCUCUGAAUAUUUGGAUCCUAAGUGGACUUCUCUUGAGCCAAAGGAGAAGGCCACAGAGGCUCGUGUUCACCCUGGCUUCGCAAAAGUCAUAGAGCUUCAUCAUAAGAAGCAGAAAGCCUCAAACCCUACAGCAUGUCAGAGCAGCUUAGAGCUAUUCAAGGUGACCAUGUCCAGGAUUCUGAAGCUGAAAACACAAAUGCAGGAAAAACAGGUAGAUGUCCUGAAGGUGAAAAAGCAGACUCAAAAAGGGAACUCAAAGAAAAUUGUGAAAAUGGAGCAGGAGCUGCAGGACUUACAGUCCCAGCUGUGUGCAGAGCAGGCCCAGCAGCAGGCCAGAGUGGAGCAGCUGGAGAAGACUUUCCAGGAAGAGGAACAGCAUCUCCAGGGUUGGGAGAAGGAGCAAGGAGAAGAGGACCUGAAGCAGCAGCUGGCCCAGGCCCUGCAGGAGCAUCAGGCUCUAACGGAAGAGCUAAAUCGCAGCAAGAAGGACUUUGAAGCAAUCAUUCAAGCCAAGAACAAAGAACUGGAACAGACCAAGGAAGAGAAGGAGAAGGUGCAAGCACAGAAGGAGGAAGUGCUUAGCCACAUGAAUGACGUGCUGGAGAAUGAGCUCCAGUGUAUUAUUUGCUCCGAAUACUUCAUUGAGCAAAGAGACUGUCCUGAAGACCACGCUCCAGGGGUGUUCGAGGGACUGCCAGGCAGUGGGAGCUUGGGAUGGCCUGGAGGAUCAUCUGUGGACAGGCCGCUCCGAGAGAGAGCGCGGGACGGAGCCACGUGGGACAGAGACCGAGCUAGGCAGUCCUCCUCAUGAGCCCCCGUGUUGGCCGGCCACGCUGCCACCGAUAGACUCUGCCUCACUGCGUGUUGAAUGGGUUAUGUAUUUCUGUUCUGCUUUUUAAAUUAACCAUUUUUGUUAUCGUUUUGGUACCUCAGAAGCACCUCAGUUGACAUUUGUUUUGGACAGGUUGGGUGUACCCCUACGGCUGCCCCUAAAAGUUAAGGCAGCCUUUCUUGGAGAGGAGGGCCUACCUCUUUGUGAAAACAAGAUGUCAUUUGCUGAAAAUAAAAUGUAAAGCCUGUCGGUUGCUCA